UAAUCAUUAUUGAGAAUAGCCCCUUUAAGCAGUCGUAUGGGUCUGUGUCCAGUAAUCGCACGUAAAUUGCGCAGGAUUUUACGUUGAACAACGGGUGUCCGGAUGCGAACUGCGAAGUGAGCAAUGCCUCAUAAAAUGGCGGAUCGCGGUGAAGAUCUAGAUGCAGAGAGUGAAGAUGAAUUGUAUGAGGUUGUUAACAUCACAGAUUAUGCCAGAAGGCAUCAGUGGUGGAGUCGUGUUUUUGGGACUAAUACAGGACCCAUUGCAGAAAAAUACUCGGUGACUUCACAGAUCAUGAUGGGUGGGGUGACAGGAUGGUGUGCUGGUUAUCUCUUUCAGAGGGUUGGAAAAAUUAUGGCUACAGCUGUUGGAGGGGGAUUUCUUUUGUUACAAAUUGCCAACCACAGUGGCUAUGUGCAGGUGGACUGGAGGAAAGUGGAAAAGGAUGUCAAUAAAGCUAAAAAGCAUUUGAAGAAAAAGGCAAACAAAGCAUCGCCUGAGCUUAAUUCCUUUAUAGAAGAGUCUACAGAAUUUGUGAAGAGGAAUAUUGUUAUCUCGGGUGGAUUUGUUGGAGGAUUUCUGCUGGGCUUGGCAUCCUAAAUUAAACCUGGACCUACUACAUUGCUACUGAUUUAAGAUGUAUUCCCAGUUUACCAUUGUGCAAUGGACAUUUGAAGAACUGUCAUUGAACAUAUUACUCUUAAAUGUUGUUUAUGUGUACAUAGCUUAAACAUUCAGAAGGUGAUGGUAUCUUGUGCCAAUAACUUGUUUAUAAAAAUGUUGUCAAGCUGUUGUGUUUUUGUUUUCUUGCUUAUGUUUAGAAGAUACAUGUAGUCAUGAAAUGUACAUACACAACUGUAAUGUUUCUUAUAUUUUGCUUUGAAAAAGUGCAUUCAUUGUGUUAAUAGUAUAAUAUCCUUGAUAUCUACUUGAAA